AUGUUUGGGAUCCAGGAAAGCAUUCAGCGGAGUGGCAGCAGCAUGAAGGAAGAGCCCCUGGGCGCGGGGAUGAACGCGGUCAGGACCUGGAUGCAGGGAGCCGGCGUCCUGGAUGCAAACACAGCCGCGCAGAGCGGAGUGGGGCUGGCCCGGGCUCACUUCGAGAAGCAGCCCCCCUCCAACCUGAGGAAAUCCAACUUCUUCCACUUCGUCCUGGCUCUGUACGACAGGCAGGGGCAGCCGGUGGAGAUCGAGCGCACUGCCUUCGUGGGCUUCGUGGAGAAGGAGAAAGAAGCCAACAGCGAAAAGACCAAUAACGGGAUCCAUUACCGGCUGCAGCUACUCUACAGCAACGGGAUAAGAACCGAGCAGGAUUUCUACGUCCGCUUAAUCGACUCCAUGACCAAACAAGCGAUAGUGUACGAAGGCCAAGACAAGAACCCAGAAAUGUGCAGAGUUCUUCUCACACAUGAAAUAAUGUGCAGCCGGUGUUGUGACAAGAAAAGCUGUGGCAACAGAAAUGAGACUCCAUCAGAUCCAGUGAUAAUUGACAGGUUCUUCUUGAAAUUUUUUCUCAAAUGUAACCAAAAUUGCCUAAAAAAUGCCGGAAACCCCCGGGACAUGCGGAGAUUCCAGGUUGUGGUGUCGACAACAGUCAACGUGGACGGCCAUGUGUUGGCGGUGUCGGACAAUAUGUUUGUACACAACAACUCCAAGCACGGGCGGAGGGCUCGACGGCUUGAUCCCUCGGAAGGUACGCCUUCUUAUCUGGAACAUGCAGCUACACCAUGUAUCAAAGCUAUCAGCCCGAGUGAAGGAUGGACUACAGGAGGUGCCACUGUCAUCAUCAUAGGAGACAAUUUCUUUGAUGGGUUACAGGUCAUAUUCGGCACCAUGCUGGUCUGGAGUGAGCUGAUUACCCCUCAUGCAAUCCGAGUUCAGACACCUCCCCGACAUAUCCCUGGCGUGGUAGAAGUCACAUUGUCCUACAAGUCUAAGCAGUUCUGUAAGGGAACACCUGGAAGAUUCAUUUACACAGCCCUGAACGAGCCCACCAUUGACUACGGUUUCCAAAGGUUACAGAAGGUUAUCCCACGGCACCCUGGUGACCCUGAACGCUUGCCAAAGGAAGUGAUACUGAAGAGGGCUGCUGAUUUAGUGGAAGCGCUCUAUGGUAUGCCACAUAAUAACCAGGAAAUCAUUCUGAAAAGAGCAGCGGAUAUUGCAGAAGCACUGUACAGUGUUCCCCGCAAUCACAACCAGCUCCCAGCACUUGCUAACACGUCAGUCCAUGCAGGAAUGAUGGGAGUGAAUUCCUUUACUGGUCAGCUAGCAGUCAACGUCUCGGAAGCCUCACAGGCCACCAAUCAGGGUUUUACUCGCAACUCAAGCAGUGUGUCACCUCAUGGGUAUGUGCCAAGCACCACCCCUCAGCAGACAAACUACAACUCCGUCACAACAAGCAUGAACGGCUAUGGGAAUGCUGGAAUGUCAAAUUUAGGUGGUUCUCCAACCUUCCUCAAUGGAUCUGCUGCCAAUUCUCCCUAUGCCAUCGUGCCAUCAAGUCCAACAAUGGCCUCCUCCACUAGCCUCCCAUCAAACUGUAGCAGUUCCUCUGGGAUUUUCUCCUUCUCACCAGCCAACAUGGUCUCAGCGGUGAAACAGAAGAGUGCGUUUGCCCCUGUCGUGAGACCGCAAACUUCCCCACCUCCCGCCUGCACCAGCACCAAUGGCAAUAGCCUGCAAGACCAGUCUUUUGUGGACUCUAGCAAGUACUCCACUGCAGGGUCUCUCCAGGGGCUGGCCUUCUCCUGA